AUGGCAAAAUUUAUAGGAGCCCAGUUGGCAAUUUGCGCUAUUAUUCUGCAGUUUAUUGGAUUCAUCGACGCGUUUGAAAGUGUGCUCAGAAAUUUUGGAAACCGAUUGAUUUCCAAUGCCCUAGUUGCAUUCCACAUAAACAUGGAUGACAUUGGAAUGGCAACUCUGGCAUGCCCACGCCAAGUCAACGGAACUGAGUACGUAUGGCAUCCCCAACCAACCGCUGAUCAUGACAAUACUCUCACAACCUACGUGAUUGAAGACGGCAAGUUUCGUUCCGUCCCUUUUUCGAAGGUAGUGGUCACCGAAGCACCACGCCCAUAUGUUCGGAAAGUGCCAAAGGAGUCGCAAACAGAGUUGCAUAUUGAUCUAAUGGAUGACCAUAUAUAUGCCAUUACCGAGAACCGUUUUGCGCUUAUUUGUGGUCCUAGAAAUUUGGUAUUGAGUGAGGCGCUGCAAGCCCAACUUGCUCGCCGGCGGCAUAUUUAUGAACGAGAAGUGUAUAUAUGGGAUCAAACUGUGCCAUUGGUUGACGAAAUAGCCAAGACAGGGAAGAGCUUGGGUGUGGUAUUCUUGCACAGAGGCCGCAAGCACAAACUUAUGCAGGGCUGUGGAAGCCGUCCCUCACCACUUUUUGCUUCGGAUAAUGUUACCGUGGACUCCGAAACGGGCACACGGUCGUGUAUGGUAGAUCCGAUGUCAGAAUUGCCCAUAGGCUUCAUUUGUCAAGGGCGUAUUGAACCUGAUGAUUGCAUGAAGUAUCUCUUGGGCAAGACGGACGGAGUUGUGACUGCUCCUACACCACAUUUAUAUAGGAAUUUAAAUAAUCGUGGAAAAUGGGUUAUAGCGCAAUAUUAUAAUGGCUUAGCAUUACGAGCAUUCAAUGGCGAAUGUAGGUGCAUAGAUCCGAAAACGGGUAGGGUGAAAGCAAGGAUAGAGGUCCGUUGGAAAACUGAAUACAUUUGCGACAUAACCAGCAUGAUUGCCCGUAACAGGUUCAAUCCUAUUAGUGGCCCCUGGUGUUCAGUGAUGUUACAUCCGGGUGCUACGUUGACCAUAAAGUUGCCAAAACAGACAGUCAAGUCGGCUGCUGCUGACUUGGAAUUCGAAGAAGACGGCGAUAUUGACGAGGAUGCUUUGAGAGUCCCAUACUCGCAACUGCCGUCUACCCACGCAUACGAAACUGCAUUCAAGCCGGACACGGCGUUGACGCUACGCCAAAUACAAACGAUUUCUGCCAUCGAUCAUUACGACGAAAUCUUGAUCCACGAAGCAUUUACUGGCAACGUGCUCGAUGUAGACGUUUCACAAAUGGAGAGAGGAGAGGUCAAGCUGAAGUACCGUAUAGACAGACCUCUGGCUUUACGAAGAGGAUGCAACUCGUUCUUAUAUCAUUGGACAUUCAUAUCUAGAAACCAAUAUGUUCUUGAAAAGAUACGCGCUGUAGUGAACGUCUCAUUUGCGCCUACUUAUCGCCACGAUAUUAUUGGUUGCGACCGAUGGAGGCCAGGUAUGUUUAAUCCGGCAAAUGAUAUUGGAUCUCUUGCAAUUAGAGACAUGGGGAAUGGUAUAGGGUUAACAUCUGAAUGGCUGGUAAGUGUCAUGAGUGGCAAGAAACAAGCCGGCAUCCGAUGCGGAGACAAUGAGGAGCUGCUUCCAAACAAUUGCGAGUCCACAGGAUACGAUCUUUCCUCCAAUCAGAUUGCUCCAUUUCCUACAUCUGUUCGCAAUGCCACACUUUAUCCCAUUCGAGGAUUUCAGGUAUUCGAGAUGAGCUUCCAAAAUGUCCCCGUCAGUCACUCUUGCAGUUGUGUCAAUGAACAUGGAUACGAGACAUCUAGACUUAUUUUAAGAUCCAACCGUCGUGAAGGGUAUAUGUACACAGUACGUCGUGAGGAGGCAUACCGAAGGUUGAUGCCUUAUUCAUUAUUGCCCUGGACUGAGGUGGCAUUAUUUUACGGCGUUUCCAAUCCUAUGCGAUCAAUUGUGCUACACAACAUGCCCCAUAGACCUAUAAAACUGCAUUCGGGCACAGAAUUUUUCAUGCGGUGUGUUAUGAGUCAUGCGCUGUACAACGGUGAGAAUAACGCCGCCGCAAUACCUACCUGGUUACCAGAUGAUCCUGGAUACAACCAUUACAAAGUAGAUACCACCGCAGAUGGACAUAGGCUGAUUCGAAAGCCACACGAAGAGCGAAUCGCUGGGACAAGAGGUGGAUUUACAAUCAUUCUGUCAGAAUAUACAGAAGAAUAUUGUGGUUUGAUGAUCAAAUCCAAUAGCGGCGCAAUUUUGGUAUCCAGGGAUCCAGAUCACUCGGAAUACGUGCCCAUGACAUUCGUUUGCGGUAAGGAGCUAUCAGAAACAGAUUUUGGUCCAAUCAACGACGGUGCGUAUGCAGAUACUAUUCCCCAGGUUAUAGCGCCGUUAGAGGAAUACACGUGGAACGUAGUUCAAAUUGAUGUAGAGAUGACAGACCCAUACAUGCAAGGGUGCGGAAUUACUGACUCAAGGGAUAUGUUAUUCAAGCCCGAGACAUUCAAAAUCAACGAUGCAGAAGGAAAAGAAAUCGGUUGCAAAAUUGAUAUUCAGGCUGCCAAUGAAGCAGCGUUCUACUGCCCAGCGCCUUACAUCCUCGACCCACCGGAUUGCUUCAACCAAGUUUACGUGGACGGAAAAGUGAUGAACAUAGGAGACAUCAGCCAGUCUUUGGUAGCGUCACAUUCCAACCACUUUGUCACACUGAAGUUCAACAGCGAACUCAUUGGACCCGGGGAGACGCUUCGCAAGACACCGCCGUUGGAGUGCCGGUGCGUCACUACCAAGGGUGUCGUCCUAUCCACCAUCCAGAUUGAGAACUACUACGCCGAGGAAUGA